AUGUGUUGGAUAGCUUCACUGGGUAACCUAGUUUUAAUUUCUUUAGAGCGAUUACACGUAACACUAUACCCAUUUAGGCAUUAUUGUUUAGUUGGAAAGCGCAUUUACUAUACGAUUAUCAUUUUUAGUUGGCUGGGAGCUUUGACUCUAGCAUGUGUUCAACACAUCAUUCGCAUGAAUGAUUCGGCCCUCGCAGAUCGAUACCCCUGGAUAAUUUAUGUUGUUCUUACCCUUGCAGUGCUAACAACAUCUUACGUUAUAAUAAUUUCAAAAUUUAUUAGAAGACCUCAUGUCCAGCAGUUAGGGUCGGUUAUGUCAGCAGAAAGAAAACUUUCAGUAACUUUAUUCAUAGUUAGUGCUGCCUCUAUACUUACUCUUCUUCCCUGGGUAAUAAUUAUUUGUAUCUCGAUAAGUUCAGACCAUUACUUAUGGAGUAAGUUCACACCUAUGAAGAUAGCAUCAACAUUUUAUCACCUUAAUUCUAUAUUUAAUCCAGUGAUCUACGCAAUUAGAUUGCCAGAAUUCAGGAGACCUUUGAAGGAGGUUUUCUGCAAAAACACUUCGUAUCCAGUAAGGCGGGACCAGCCUAUUGAACUGCAAGCAAUGUAG